ACAUCUUUUUUCAGAUCACAUCACAUUUGUCACUCAAGUAACUUCCUUCUUGAUACCACAAGCUUGACAAGUUUUCUGAUCGCACAGGCGUGCUUUCAAGACAACCUAUUGUUUGCUGCCUCGUACAGCCUACAAGUAAUACAAGUUGAGCUCUGAAUAAGAGAAGAAGAUGGCAUCAAAAACACAGAUUACAGAUGAAGAGAUGGAGGAGCUAAGAGAGGCUUUUAGCAAAAUCGAUACUGAUGCCAAUGGAUUUAUAAGCCCUAAUGAACUGAACGAUUUAUUCAAAGCUGCUAAUUUGCCACUCCCUGGAUAUAAAUUGCGAGAAAUCAUUAAAAACGUCAUGGAAUCCGGAGAUCAAAACAGAGAUGGACAGAUUAGUUUUGAUGAGUUUAUCACAGUUAUUCAUGAUCUUAAAAGCUCUGAUGUUGCUAAAACAUUUAGAAAAGCCAUAAACAAGAAAGAAGGUCUUUGUGCAAUUGGUGGAACGUCUGAACAGUCCAGUGCUGGCACCCAGCAUUCAUACUCAGAGGAGGAAAAGUACGCAUUUGUAAACUGGAUCAACAAAGCACUGGAGAAAGACCCAGACUGCAAGCAUGUCAUACCCAUGAACCCAGACACAGAUGACUUGUUCAAUGCAGUUGGUGAUGGAAUUGUUCUUUGCAAAAUGAUUAACCUGUCUGUGCCAGACACCAUUGACGAAAGGGCUAUCAACAAAAAGAAGCUAACUCCUUUCACCAUCCAGGAAAAUCUGAAUUUAGCACUUAAUUCAGCUUCUGCCAUUGGAUGCCAUGUGGUAAAUAUUGGUGCCGAGGAUCUGAAGGAAGGAAAGCCUUACUUGGUUCUAGGACUCUUGUGGCAAGUUAUUAAAAUAGGACUGUUUGCAGACAUAGAGCUCAGCCGUAAUGAAGCUCUGAUUGCACUUUUGAGAGAAGGAGAGAGUCUAGAAGAUCUGAUGAAACUAUCCCCAGAAGAACUGCUACUGAGGUGGGCCAACUACCAUCUGGAAAAUGCUGGCUGCAACAAAAUCAAUAACUUCAGCUCAGACAUAAAGGACUCCAAGGCUUACUAUAACUUACUCAGUCAAAUUGCUCCGAAGGGAGAUGAAGAGGGCAUUCCUGCUGUGGACAUUGAUAUGACGGGACUUCGGGAAAAAGACGAUCUGAAGAGAGCAGAGUGUAUGUUGGUGCAGACGGACAGGCUGGGCUGCCGCCAGUUUGUCACAGCCACAGACGUUGUGCGUGGAAAUCCAAAGCUUAACUUGGCUUUCAUUGCCAACCUUUUCAACAAAUAUCCAGCUCUGCAUAAACCAGAGAACCAAGAUAUCGACUGGAGCUCUAUUGAAGGUGAAACAAGGGAGGAGAGGACAUUUAGGAACUGGAUUAAUUCACUGGGUGUUAAUCCACGUGUAAACCACUUGUAUAGUGACCUGUCUGAUGCACUUAUCAUAUUCCAAUUGUAUGAAAAAAUUAAAGUUCCAGUGGAUUGGAGCAAAGUAAACAAGCCACCAUAUCCCAAACUGGGAGAAAAAAUGAAAAAGCUUGAAAAUUGCAACUAUGCUGUUGACCUGGGCAAGAACAAGGCCAAAUUCUCCCUGGUUGGCAUUGCCGGGCAAGAUCUUCAUGAAGGAAAUCGGACACUGACAUUGGCAUUACUCUGGCAGCUGAUGAGAAGGUACACACUGAAUAUCCUUGAGGGCAUUGGUGGUGGGCAGAAGGUUAAUGACGACACCAUUGUGAACUGGGCAAACGAGACACUGAGAGAAGCCGGGAAGCAAUCAUCUAUAAGUGGAUUCAAGGAUGGGAAGAUUAGCACAAGUAUGCCAGUUUUGGACCUAAUCGAUGCAAUUCAACCAGGCUCCAUCAAAUACGAUCUCUUGAAAACAGAAGAUCUAAAUGAUGAGGAGAAACUGAACAAUGCUAAAUAUGCCAUCUCAAUGGCAAGAAAAAUUGGUGCGAGAGUCUACGCUCUCCCAGAAGAUCUGGUGGAAGUGAAGCCAAAAAUGGUUAUGACUGUCUUUGCGUGUCUCAUGGGAAGAGGAUUAAAGGUUUAGAAGAAUGUAGGGCCCUGCUCAUUGCUGGCCCUGUAAAUUUCUCUGGAUAGGAAUUGGUUUCCUUGUAUACACCAAAUGUAAUAUCAUCAGGAAGAUGAGGUUGCUUUUUUAAGACCCUGUAGCUUUUUAACACCUUAGGGUAGUGGUGAGACUUAAUGAUUCAUUUACAGUUAUGCAGACAUUUUGAUAAUAGCUUUAUAAAGAAUAAUAUGCUAGAUUUAAAUAUAAAAGCUAAAUAUAUUUCUGAAAAUGUACUGGUUCUCUCAUAGGAUGCAGUGCAUUUCAUACAAAAAAAGUACUCUUGUAGUUUAGCUCUAACUAUCCCAACACACACAAUAAAUAUGGAAGGAUUCAACAUGCAAUCUGUCUUGCAUUAUAAGCCCAUCAAUUCAUAGCUUUUUCACUGUUUGGAGAGACGUUUUUCAAAUGCUUCUCCAAAAUAUCAGCAGGAUUUAAUGAUAAUAACAGGCUUUUUAAAAUUGUAUUUCAGCCUCUUUGAAUCAUUUCCAUUAAAAUGUAUUACUUUUACCCUGGAA